AACAGACGAAGGACUCCGUGGAAAGUUUGCGCAGGUUCAAAUCCCUUUUUUCUCCCGUCUGUAUUUCAUUUUCAUUCUGCAAUUACAUACAUACAUACAUACCUACAUAGGUAUUCUUGACAGAGACCUCAGGCUCGACAUCCAUUCUCGUCCUCUCCUCCCCACUUCCUCGACCUCGAAUCACAUUCACCCGGCCGACCAACCCCCCCCUCCCCAUCCUCCUCCCGAGCCCCAACAUGGCGACGAUCAUGAAGAAUGCGAACACGCUGCGCAAGGCGCUGAAUACCGGGUCGGGCCUCUCGUUCGGCGCGUGGCAGAUGCUCCCCGGCACGCACCUGUCGCGGACCAUCGCCCGGGCAGGCUUCGACUGGAUCUGCAUUGACUGCGAGCACGGCAACAUUGCAGACAAUGAGAUGCACGAGUCCGUCCACGCGGUCGCCUCGUGCAACGUGAGCCCCAUCGUGCGCAUCCCGGCCAACGAAGGCUGGAUGGUCAAGCGCGCCCUGGACGCCGGCGCCCACGGCAUCAUCGUGCCCCUGCUGUACAGCGUCGACGACGCGAAGAGGCUGGUGCAGACCGCAAAGUUCCCGCCGUACGGCAAGCGAGGCUUCGGCAGCCCCUUCUCCAUGGGCGCGUUCGACGGCAAAGGCGACCUGUCUGGGUUCGACUACAUGAACAACGCCAACGAGAAUCUCUUGACCAUUGUGCAGAUCGAGACCAAGGAGGCUUUGGACUGUGUCGAGGAAAUCGCCAAGGUGGAUGGUAUUGAUGUGCUUUUCAUCGGACCCUGGGACCUGGGCAACAACAUCGGCUACCCAGUCAAAGGCGACUUUAGUCCCGAGCUGAAGGAGGCGAUUGCGAGGAUAUUGAAGGCCGCACAAGCCGCCGGGAAAAAGUCCGGCAUAUACUGCCCGUCGGGCGAGGUGGCGCGACAAUACGCCGACAUGGGGUUCCAGAUGAUCUCCGUCGUGAACGAUAUGACCGCCGUCCCCGUGUUCAUGGCCGAGUCUUUAUCCAAGGCCAAGGGCUCGUACGGCCAUGCGGCCGCCCAGGCAGUGAAAGGCGCCGCAUACGGGGCGGCGAGCCUGGUGACGCAGGAAAAGAAAUAAAAAGAAGGGGGCUGCCGUGAUCAAGAACUCUCAGGACAGCUGCCCCCCGGGGGAAAAAAGAGUGAGCUGCGGCGAAAAUCACAAAGACGAGCUUCGUAGCUGCUCAACCUCGUC